AAAAUCCACCCCAUAGCAUAGCUCAGCUUAGUGUAAUAUGUGAACUAAUUCUGAGUUUUAUGGGACUUUUACAUAAUAUAUGGGAUCAGGAAGCUAAUCUUUCUGAAGGAACCCUGUUUCAGACUAAAUUCACAUGGACUUCAUGUGUAUAUCCUGUUAAACAAAGGAUGGGCAUCAUGCAACUCUGGAUCACAGGCAGCUGUUGCUCCAAGAUCAAAAACCCUUUGCGAGUAAUCAGGUCACACCUUUAGGAAGAACUGCCUAUCUGUCCCCUGGCAGCUAGGAACAGACGGAGAGAGAGAGAAAGGAAAAGAAGCCAGACAUUAAAGUGGAUGUUAAAGGAGAAUGCCAUUGUUUGUAAAUUAAUUGGUAUCAGUUUCAUAUUUUUAGAAUACUAGAGUACUUGCUUUGUGUAAAUGCAUUUCUCCUCAAGUGUUACUACGCUUUUUCUGAAUACCACAUCAUUACAAUAAAAAAAAAAAACCCUUAGAAAAAUAAAGCAUUGCAAUUGAGGGGCCCAGCAAUAUUCAUCUUCUUUUUGCUUUUCCUCUGAAGCUCUCACUGCAAAAUAAAUUUUGGAAAUAACGCUGAAGCUCUUGCAAAACAAAAUUUCUGCUUAUAGCUUUCCCUUGGAUUCUUUUUCAAACCUGCCUUUUGUUUUAUUUUCCUUACUGGUUUUUAUGACAAAGUGUAUUUGCAUCAACAUUUUCCUUUGUGUUGUGAGUUCCUCACUCCCUGCUGCUCUUUUCCCUGUGUGAAGCCUCAAUAACCCUGAAAAACAGCAAGGUGGGGGGAGGGAAGGGGCUGGCAAAGAUUCCUUCUUUCCACUGGAGGGGAUAAGUACUGGGAAAUCAAUGAACCUUAACUGCUUCAAUUUGGCUUCGCAGGAAGUUUGCCCAGAAUGCAGGAAUAUCUUAACAAUAUGCAAGAAGAGCCUGAACCCAGCCAAUAUGGUUUGUGAAACCAGCUACCCAACCCAGCUUAGUGCAGUGGGUAAACUCAAUGGGCAAUAUGUAGGAAAACAGCUAUAAGGCAGAAAGGGCUGACGUAAAGCCAUGAAAUCUGCUGGGCGCAUCUUACUCCUACAGAAAUUCACCUGGGCCUAGAGCUCUCUCUCCAGUGGCUUGUCUUUGUUAUGGCAGCACCAUCCAGUGUGAAAAGCAGAACAUUUUUGCCCCAAGUCAGGGCCAGCAUGAGAAGUGAUGGGCCUGUGCAAGAACUUUUUCUUGAAGAGGCCAGACAGGGUUAUCAGACGCCUAACAAACCUUGGUGGAAAAUACAGCUUUUUGUUUGGGAACCAGUGCUUUUUGGAACAUGGGAUGGAGUCUUUACUUCCUGCAUGAUUAACAUCUUUGGAGUAGUUCUCUUUUUGCGGACGGGUUGGCUGGUUGGGAACACUGGAAUUCUGAUGGGCAUGUUUUUGGUGUCCUUCGUCAUCUUGGUGGCCUUAGUAACUGUCUUGUCUGGCAUUGGAGUUUGUGAACGAUGUAGCAUUGGAAGCGGAGGAGUCUAUUCAAUGAUUUCUACUGUCCUUGGAGGUCAAGUUGGAGGGACCAUUGGCCUUCUUUAUAUUUUUGGUCAGUGUGUUGCAGGUGCUAUGUACAUUACUGGAUUUGCUGAAUCCAUCUCUGACCUCCUGGACCUCAGUAACAUUUGGGCAGUGAGAGGCAUCUCCCUUGCUGUCCUGCUGGCCUUGCUUGGAAUUAAUCUGGCUGGGGUGAAAUGGAUCAUACGACUCCAGCUGCUACUUCUCUUUCUACUGGCUGUUUCCACACUGGAUUUUGUCAUUGGAUCCUUCACACACCUCGAUCCAGAAUAUGGUUUUAUUGGCUAUUCAGAGGAGCUUAUGUUGAACAACACCCUGCCAGACUACAGCUCAGGGGAGUCUUUCUUCACUGUAUUUGGUGUAUUCUUCCCAGCUGCCACAGGUGUGAUGGCUGGGUUCAAUAUGAGUGGUGACCUCCGGAAACCCUCAACGAAUAUCCCUCUAGGAUCUUUAUCUGCCAUUGGCAUUUCGUGGUUUUUGUACAUUGUUUUUGUUUUUUUACUGGGAGCUAUUUGUACCCGAGAAUCACUCCGCUAUAAUUUUAUGAUAGCAGAAAAGGUGUCCUUGGUGGGCUUCUUAUUCUUACUUGGUUUGUACAUUUCAUCCUUAGCAUCUUGUAUGGGAGGUCUCUAUGGAGCACCCCGAAUCCUUCAGUGCAUUGCCCAAGAGAAAGUGAUACCUCUUCUUGCAUUUCUUGGAUACGGGAAAGGACCAAACAAAACUCCAGUGGCUGCAAUCUGCUUAACAAGCCUCAUCACCAUGGCUUUCAUUUUCAUUGGCCAAGUGAAUGUUCUUGCCCCAAUAGUUACAAUAAACUUCAUGCUUACAUAUAUUGCUGUGGAUUAUUCCUAUUUCUCUGUCUCCAUGAGCUACAACCUUAAGCAGAACGCCAAAUGGAUGCGGCACGAGGAUUCCAGGGUAGGGCUAAGUUGCUCUCGACCUUUAAUGCUCAGCAAAUCAACUUGUUAUGGUUAUGGAUCAAAUGGAAUAGAUCAGUGCCGAUCAGAUGGCACUUUGCUAGAAUUCACAAAAGAUAUGAAUCAUCUUUUUAAGCCUGUUAGUCAAGAUCCAGGAAUCAAUCUUGAACUAAAAGAAAAGAACAUGGAUGCUGUUCAAAUGAUCAAGCAGAGAAAGCAAAAGAAGGCAGCCAAGCAAACAUUACAAGACAGCUUUUGUCUGGCUCUUGAUAACAACAUUGCUCAUACUCAGGAUCCUUGCAAUGAUGCCCUAAAAUCCAGUGUCAAAAAUGUGCGGCAUUUUUCACAGCCAAAUUGCCAGGAGGAGGAUGAAAAGGGUGCAUCUCCAUCUGCUAUUCGAAAAAGCAAUCAGAAGGAAGAAGAUGGAGACCAAAAUUUUGAUGUAAUGCAGAAAGCUUCCAGUCCACAGAUGGAGGAUUUGAAUCUAAAACAACAAAGACAAGAAUUAGAAAUUCAGAAAAUACCGCCUUCUUUCUAUUCCAAGCUCUGUGAUCAUCGGGUUUCCUUUUUUGGUGCAAUAGGUUCAUUAGUCAUUAUGUUCGUUAUUCAAUGGAUCUAUACCCUCAUUAAUUUGGGACUAGCAAUUAUUAUAUAUUUCUACAUUGGCCAAGUGAGUCCAGGACUACCACCUGGUGCAGCAGCUAAUUUUAGCCUUUUCGAAUGGAUGAAACUCCUUUUGCUUAAUGCCUGCAGGGGAAGGCCAUCCCCGGAGGAGCGAUUUGUUGUGACACCGACCUUUGCAACAGUUGGCAUGGAGACCACUCAGCUCACUGAAGAGAAUACAGAUUUUGCUUCCCGAGAUCGUUACCAUCAUUCCUCUGUUAUCACCCGAGAAGAGUUGGUUCAUCAGUUCCAAUGAGAGAGCUACAUGCCAUUCACUUUACCAGCCAAUUAAAGACUCUGACUACAGACACACCACCUGAUUAAAAGGCUUGCCCUUUUAGCAACUGAUUUUAAUGAAUGCUGAAACUUCCAAUUAAGGGGAGUCAGGGGAAGGAGCGGCAGGCAAGCUCAAACCCUGCUCCAAAAGUCUAAAAAGAGGACUUUUGUUUUCAUUCCAAAGCACUGGAUGUUUUUGUCCAAUAGCUAUCUAUUUAAAAUAGAACAUGGUUUUGUAACACUACCUGUAUUUGCUAUAGAACAUACGCCACCCAAAAUUCCAUUCCACAGGCAUGUCGUUCUGAAAUCUAUAGUUAUAACAGGGUUCCCCAAAGUGCUCAGUGUCAACCCCCAAGGGUCAUUGAGACUACCCAUUGUUGUUGUUGAUAUUAUUAUUAUUUGUAGUACUAUUAGUUAAAGUAGUAUUUAUUAAAUUAUUUUCAUAUAGAAAAUGUUUGGGGGUUGAUGAACAAUUUGAAACUUAAUGAAGGGGUCAGUGAGCUGAAGAGUUUGGGGACCCCUGAGUUCUAGGAUAUAAGGAGAGAAAGAAGGUAUGGACAAUCAAUGCAAGUGUUUAAUAGAGUAGAAUAGAGGAGUUUUCUAAUACCUUCCCUGGGACUGGAUCAAACUUUCCUGUACCUUGUAGUUGUCCUGAACAAUACUUUAAAUCAUACAGACUCUUCCUUAUUUAUAUUUCAAAAUUUAGGCACGAAGAAUUAGCUGUGGCUUACAACCUUAAGUACCACUCUGGCCUUCAGACUUCCCAUCUCUUCUAGAUCCCUGCCCAGGAUUCUGUAUAGUGCAUUGUCAAUACGCCUUUGUAUUAUCAAUCCAAAGGAGAAACCUAUAUUCAGUAAAGAGUGGAUCCCCAUAUGGUUCAAAGAGUAAUAUUAUAUUUAUUUAAAACUGCAAUCCACUACUCACUUGUAUUGUUUACAUCUUAUUAAACAAGUACAGGAUUGCACAUACACACUUUUACAGAUUUCUUUGUUUGGGUUAAUGCUAUUAAAUCCAUGGUUAGUCCCCCAUGUUUUGAUAUCUGAGGGCUGUUACUUAUGUGACUUGUAGAUAAGCUGUCAAAGUGAAUCAUGUGAGCAGAAGACUUUAUGUGCUUGGUAAAGCAGCUUGGAAUCUGGUGCCAGUAAGAUAAUAUUGCCAGAUUAGAUUUCCAGAUAAUAAGAAACACUAUGGAAACAUGGUUCUGUAGUGAGAGUGCUCAACAUUAAUAAAUUGUCAUAUUUAUACGGAGAUUAAAAGCUACUUACUCAUUUAUCUUUCCCCUACCUUUGCAUAGAAUUUGAGAGGGUGGGAUAAAGACAAGUAUUCUAAUGUUAAGAAUAAUAAAUCUAAGAGUUUUAAA